CGCAUAGAUGCUACUUGAAUUUAUUUAUCUAUCUUCAUUCAACUCAAACUCAACAACCACAUUCUCAAGUGGAGCCAUUUAUUUCCUACAUUUCUUCUCUCUUGGACUCAAUUUUUCUCCUUUUAUUUCUACUCUACCAGUUUAUAAAGUUCAAUGGAGGCUGAGAAUGGCGAUACUGAUAAGUCCAAGAUAGAGGGUUAUCAAGUGAUUGAGCAAAUUGGAAGAGGGGCUUUUGGAGCUACGUUUCUUGUGCUCCAUAAAAAUGAAAACAGAAGGUAUAUUCUGAAGAAGAUUCGCUUUGUUAAUCAAACUGAGAAAUUCAUUGAUGCGGCUCACCAGGAGAUAAAUUUAAUUUCAAGAUUGAACCACCCUUAUGUCGUGGAGUACAAAGAUGCUUGGGUCGAGGGUUCAAGUGUGUGCAUCGUAACAGGAUGCUGUGAAGGAGGAGACAUGGCCAAGUUUGUUAGAAAGGCUAGGGGUGCAUAUUUCCCAGAGGAGAAACUCUGCAAAUGGCUAGCUCAGGUGUUAUUAGCAUUGGACUACUUGCAUUCAAAUCGAGUUCUUCACAGGGAUCUUAAGUGUUCCAAUAUAUUCCUCACAAAGAGUGGCGAUAUACGUCUGGGUGACUUUGGACUAGCAAAGCUGCUUCAAUCAGAAGAACUUGCUUCUUCGGUUGUUGGCACUCCCAAUUACAUGUGUCCUGAGCUCCUCACCGAUAUUCCAUAUGGAUACAAAUCUGACAUAUGGUACCUCGGUUGCUGUAUGUUUGAGAUUGCUGCACACCAACCUCCAUUUAGAGCCUCGGAUAUGACUGGACUUAUUAACAAGAUCAACAGAUCCUCUUUUUCUCCGCUGCCAAUCGUAUAUUCCUCAACGUUGAAGCAGAUCAUCAAGAGCAUGCUAAGGAAGAGUCCAGAGCACCGGCCAACUGCUGCAGAACUUUUGCGCCAUCCCCAUUUGCAGCCUUACCUCCUUCAGUGUCACAACCCGUCUUCUGUCUUUCUUCCAGUGAAGUCUCCUAACAGCACAAAGGAGAAGAUAAAAAGAUCACCAACUCGAAAACCCAGUUGUAGCAAAGGGAUCAUUCAGAGAGAGGUCAGAGUGCUGAAUGACAUGGAGCCACUUCCAUUAUAUGAAGAAAAUGCUGAUGUGCUAUUAGCAAAUCCAGCUAAGUACGACAAUCUGGAGACGAAACGCGUUGAUCCAACAAGCUAUUCUGCAAAGAUUUCUGUCAGCAAUGAAGACUCCAGGAGUGAGGUUACAAGUUUUGCAACAACUAUAUGUAAUGGAGAUGAACAAGAAAGUUUACAUUUUCUAACACCAAAAGAAAGCACUGAGACUCAGAGUUCUAUAGCUGGUACAUCAUCGCAGCAUGGAGAACAAGAAGAAUCUAUCAACGGAAACAAUCCACAGGAUCAGGAAAGUGGUUCAGAGAGAGAAACAGAAACAGAGAUUGAAGCAUUAUGUAAUCAAUGUGUAAAAGUGGAAUGGUAUACUAAGAAGGAAAAUUAUAUUUUGGAAAACCACAGUACGAUGACAAUGUCUAAUGCAGGCUGUAGUAAUAAGGGUGCUUCCAUUGCGGAAGAGAAUUUAUCAUCAACAGCACACAUUUUUGAAGCUGACGCAGAAUCAAGACUCAAUGUGGACAGUUCAGUAGAGGUUCCCUUGGAUAAUUUGUUGCCUGAAAGUAACAGGAGGACAAAUGUAGUGGAAGCAGAAACUGGUUGCAAGUCAAUGCAAACACCAAGAGCUGACACUCAGGUCAUUUUAGAGCAGGUAAGUGAUACUUCAGUACGGAUUACAACUUCUGCAAUUGGUGAUAAUGAUGGGAAAACCGGAUGGGCUAAUCCUACACAACAAAGAGCAGAUGCUUUAGAAUCUUUACUUGAGUUAUGUGCACGGUUACUAAAACAGAACAAACUUGAUGAGCUUGCAGGCGUGCUAAACCCAUUUGGGGAGGACGCUGUCUCAUCCAGAGAAACAGCAAUCUGGUUGACAAAAAGCCUUAUGACUGCACAGAAAUAGAACAAUGAACUGUAACUGCUAUUGAGCAUUUCGGAUGGCCGCAUACUUAUCCAUCAGCUGAUUGUAAGCUUCUGUGUUUUGUGCACGUGUUUAACAAAAAUUGCUUUUAUAUAGUCAUAUCAUUAGAAGUGUGGCCAUGGAUACAUAGAGGUUUAGCCCCUUAGGGUAAUGUUUUUAAGUUAGCUGCACUCUAGGUUUUUUUUCGAGGCACUAUGGUCGUUUUAGAGUGAAAGAUGUUUGGAUUCUGGCAAAACAGACGUCCGCAUUUAGACAUCAGCAUAUGCUUGUAUAUCCUUAAUUUGUCACAUGUUUACCUUGCAGACAAGUUGAGACUCCUAAUGGGAAUCUGGCAUCAGUUGAGAAUUUGUAAAUGUGAGAACUGGUGUAUUUAAUUUAGAAUAUGAAAAUUUUUACUGGUGCUUUUUAAA